UUUGCAAUGUUUUUAUUAUUAAUUCAAAACCAUACAUAAUAUAUUCAUUUGAAUGAAUUCUGUGUUUAAUAAAUAGUUUCAUGCAUUGUAUACGUCGGGCGAAUCCAGUUUAUUGUUAUUACAUAAGAGUUAUUGAAAUAAAUUAUUAAAUUAUAGUGUAUUAAAGGCUAAACUAAAAGGCUAGCAAAUUGCACCACAAAUACCAGUGAUAAUGAUAUAUCAAUGGGAGAAAGUAAAGCAAAAUACGCUCAAAGAGUGUGACAUAAGUAAACUAACCGGCCUCUGGUAUGCCAUUUAUGUCAAGAAUCAAACUCAACACUCAAUUAGUAUGGAUUUGAGUAAAGUUAGCCAACACUCGCUUCAAUUCAAACAUAUACUAAAUGGAGUUGUGGAUCACGAGUACGAUUUGGUGCAAAACUACGAUACACUGCAGGGUAAAUUGGACCGUGUCAUAGACCGAGGUGACUACCAACUUGGCUACCCCUGGUGGGUACUGCACACCGACUACGACGAGAUUCUGGUGGUCUAUCAGUGCCUUAUUCUUAAUGACGAUCCCAACGAUCAAAACGCUUCCGAAGACGUGUGGACAAUCUAUAGUCGGACUAAGACUAUAACCGACGAUCAUUUGUCAUACGCCAGAGAUUUGUUAUUGAAAUCUGGCGCUAAAAUCGACGGCUCAGACGAGAUACUGUUCAAAAUUAUACGUGUAGAAGUGUUGACCAGAACUCAACCUGUAUGUUAUGUACUCCAUUUGAGUGACCAAGUUAUCUAUCCCUAUCAUAAGGCCGUCAAUCAGACAUUGAGUGAAUUGGACUUAAAAUCGUUGGAGGGGCACUGGUAUGGCGUUUAUCACCGGAAUCCCAAAGAAGUGAACGGUUCCUGUCCUGAACUCGAUGUUGUCGUUGGCAAUGGAUAUGUGAAUGUAACGGAAAUUCGUGGAAAUAACACAGUAAAUGAGGAUAGAAUGGAGCAAAACCUGUAUUUAAAGGGAAAGAUAAGCAAGGUGAUCAUGUUGCCAGCCGGAAAUCAGACCUUAAGCCGAGAUAUCGUGGAAUCUGGAGCACAGAGACUGAUAGAGGCCGGAGCUGUCAGCGACUCUAAUGGCACAUUGGAUGGGCACUGGUACUCAGUUUACAACCGAAGUCCCAUAAACGGUGUCUGUCCACAACUUAACAUCAAAGUUAGUGGUGGAGGUGUGAAUGUGGUGGAAAGUUUGGGAAACAAUACGGUAUUCAAUGAGAACUUAGUGCCAAACAGUUAUUUAAAGGGCAAAUUGGAAAAGUUGGUGUCAAUGGGCACCUGGACAGCUGCCUUACCCUGGUAUGUGCUGCAAGUGGACCCUCUGUUAGUCGGCAAAUUGGAAAAGUUGGUGUCAAUGGGCACCUGGACAGCUGCCUUACCCUGGUAUGUGCUGCAAGUGGACCCUCUGUUAGUCGUAUAUAAAGUGGUAACCUUUGAGAAGAAUGAGGUCUGGUCACCAGCUAGAUAUCAGCCUGGGGAUUGGGCUCACGCCUAUCACACCGUUUUUCACACGUUUUUAACCAACUACAGCCUCGACAGUUACGAUUACCCCUUGGCCCUAUAG